AUGGCUUUCUACCAUGCGCUUGAAGAGCGUGUACGAUCGCUGAUCAACGAAGGACGUCAUGUCAUUGUUGUUGGGGAUAUGAAUGUUGUGGCAAGUCCACGCGAUCACUGCGAAAGUGCAAGGGUGCCAGCGGCCGAAUUUUCGGCCCAUCCUGCCAGACAAUGGUUCCAGGCGAUCCUGGCUCCUCAAGGUCCUCUUAUGGACAUGACACGCCACUUUUUUCCGGAGCGAGAUCGUAUGUAUACGUGUUGGAACACGUUGAUCGAUGCGAGAGCAUCAAACUAUGGGACACGACUUGACUACACCUUGGUGACACAGGGACUCGAGCCGUGGAUCCAGCAUGCAGAUAUUCAGCCUCAAGUCCAUGGCUCGGAUCACUGUCCGAUCUAUCUAGACUUGAGAGACUCAGUUGAAACAAGCACAGGUCGCACCUAUCUCGUCGACCUUUUGCAUGGCGAAAAAGACGGUAUGGCCGCGCCACAUCCGUUGCCCCGCCUCGCCACAUCUCGCUGGGACGCCUACUCGACCAAAACCCAGCCACGUUUGGCCGAGAUGUUUGGCGCCCAGCGUCAGCGCCAAGCGGAACUGAUCAUACCACAAGCAGGACAACAAGAACAUAAACUGAAUCAGGUGACUACAUGCACACCUGAGACAAUACCAAAAAGUGAGCUGCCUCAUGAACCUGCGCAUGGAGCUGCUUUUCAUCCUGCCUCCUUGGCGCAAUCUGUUGGUGCAAAGACGUGUGCUGCGAGUGGCACGCGUAGCUCAAAGCGAGUGAAAAAAAAUCAUGCACAAGCGACGCUUACUUCAUUUGUGACCAAGCACGUCUCCGAUCCACCUGUCACUCGACCCUCAAAGACAUUGCUCAGUACCACAACCAACAACACGAAACGCCAAGAUACUGCCGCUCAGUGGUCGUCAUUGUUCACACCCCACCCUGCACCCAUACAUUAA